CAUAAUAAGACCUCUGAGAACUUCAUACCAAAUGGCAAGUUCAGUGUCAAUUCGGGAGCUCUGAAAACGAACGUGAACCCACCAAAAUGACGAAACCACCCUCAGCAUUAUGAAUAAUCCCAUUUUCUGCAUGCACUUGGCAUGAACGCUGCACCUUCCUACAAUCACCUUUCUCCUUCUUCUUAAUUACCAACACGUUAAACUACCACCACUGUUCCCCAAUCGCAAAACCCCGUUUCUCGUAAAAAAAAAAAAAAAAAUCAAAAACCGUUUUGCCGUUUAUAACCCGCCGGGAAUUGACUAAAGGAUGAACCAAAUUCCGUGGGCAACCAUUGGAGUGGUGACCGGCUGGUACAGUUCCAACAUCGGUGUGCUCCUUCUCAACAAGUACUUGCUCACCAACUACGGCUUCCUGUUCCCGGUUUUCCUCACCACGUGUCACAUGCUCCUGUGUUCGCUUCUCAGCUACGUAAUUUCCGUAACGGACAUGGUUCCGUUGCAGAGCCUGCGCUCGCAGAAGCAGUUCUGGAAGAUCGUCGCGCUCAGCGUCGUUUUCUCCUUUUCCGUCGUCUGCGGCAACGUUUCGCUCAGGUUCAUUCCGGUGUCGUUUAACCAGGCCAUCGGCUCCACCACCCCCUUCUUCACCGCCGUUUUCGCCUACGCUGUCACCAGCAAGAGAGAGGCCUGGGUGACGUAUGCCACACUCUUGCCUGUUGUCACAGGAGUCAUCAUUGCCAGCGGGGGUGAACCAAGUUUUCAUCUGUUUGGAUUUGUAAUCUGUGUUUCAUCGACUGCUGCCAGAGCAUUCAAAUCAGUGCUUCAGGAUAUUUUGUUAUCCUCAGAGGGAGAAAAGUUGAAUUCUAUGAACCUGCUGCUUUACAUGGCUCCUAUAGCAGUGAUGGUCUUACUUCCUGCAACAUUGUUUAUGGAGGGAAACGUGGUUGGGAUCACAAUAGAUCUUGCCAGAAAGGAUAUCAGAAUUUUUUGGUAUCUGCUUCUCAGUUCUUCUCUGGCAUAUUUUGUGAACCUGACUAAUUUUUUGGUGACGAAACAUACAAGUGCACUAACACUUCAGGUAUUAGGAAAUGCAAAGGGAGCAGUUGCUGUGGUGGUCUCAAUUUUGAUAUUCAAAAACCCCAUUUCAAUGAUGGGGAUGUUUGGGUAUGCACUCACUGUCAUUGGAGUUAUAUUGUACAGUGAAACCAAGAAGAGGUAUGGCAAAAGUUAGAAAAUUUAACUACAUCACUAAAAGCAGAGUGUGAUUUACCACAAGCUAGAGCACCAACAAGUUAUGUAUAUAAUGAUGAACUUGCAGCAACCAUUUUAUUACACAUGAACACAAUUUUUAUCUUUUUUUCACUCCAUAUUUCAUUCAUUGCAAGCUGAGGGAGUGAGUAGUCACACUCCCCAUAAACAUUUUUAUGUGGAAUUGAGAUUCAUGCCUAGUUAGACAUUUUUACUUUGUUUUGCUUUUAUUCCUUCAAACACUGCAAUUUCCCUUUCACAACAUUUUAGAAAGGAACUCCAAUAAUGUAGCCAGGGAGUAUCCAAUCACAUACAUGAUAUGCAAGUUUUAUACUUAUAUUCUACUUACUAAAUUUUGGGCAAAU